GAGAAGCACGAUGAGCAAGGAUCAGUCCCACGGGAAUGUUAGCCAGAUGCCCUUCCCCAUUAUUUUCUGUCGUUUAAAAAAUCCUUGGCUGUGAGACCUUGACUUAGAACCGGCACCGUAGGGCACGCCGAAGCAAAGCCCACAGGGGUUUCUGCACCAUCGAGCCCAGCGCUGCUGCGGGUGGCCGGGGAUCUACUACUGGCGGAAGCCCGGCCAGUCACAGCUUCCCGCGCAGAAGGGCGCUUCCGCUCGCGUCAGCGUUUCCGGGGCGGAGUUCAUCAUGGCGGCGGCCUUGGCUCGGCUCGGGCUGCGGGGCGUGAAGCAGGUUCGGGUUCAGUUCUGUCCGUUCGAGAAGAACGUGGAGUCGACGAGGACGUUCCUCCAGGCGGUGAGCAGCGAAAAGGUGCGCUCCACCAAUCUCAACUGCUCGGUGGUUGCGGACGUGAGGCACGACGGCUCGGAGCCCUGCGUGGACGUGCUGUUUGGGGACGGGCAUCGCCUGAUCAUGCGUGGUGCCCACCUCACCGCCGUGGAGAUGCUCACCGCCUUCGCCUCCCACGUCCAGGCCCGGGGAGCAGCGGAGGGCGGGGACAAACCUGGGGCUGGUGGUGGGCGCUGACCUUGCAGAGGAGAUCCCACAACAACGGAUUUUAGCCUGAUACUGGGCUAAGGGACUUGGAUGAAUUAUUCCAAUCCUUCCCGAUGUGGAGCACCAGAAAGACCCAUUGCAACAAUGUUCUCUGAAUGAGAUGGCAUCGUGGAGGGAUCUGAUGGAACUUGUAAUUUAUUUCGUUUUUUUUUUAAGCCCUUUGGAAUGUGCUAUCAACGCGCACACAUUCGGCAUACCAGCUACUCCAGUCACAAAGCUGGUGCUGAGUUCUUUGAAUUUCUGUGUCAGCGCCUUCUGAGCUCUUAGCUUACUGUGGAUGGGGCCUCUCUGCCUUCGGACUUAUUCUCAUGCUCAUAAAGGUGUGUUGGCCUCA